AUGGAAGUGAAAAAAGUUCAAGAUGUGGUUUACUUAGUGCUGCCGCCAAAAGGCGUUGGUGAGAGUAGUGGGAGCCAUAGCUUUUUCACGAGGCUAUCUAACUAUCAGCCUAUAACGCAUACACAACUUAAGAUCAAGUCGUAUCCGCUGGACCAAAUCAAAGAUCAAUCAGUGCAGGAGUCUCUUGUGAUUCGAGAUCUACUAAAUGUAUUAUUGGGGCUUGAAGGAGUGUAUAUUCGGUAUAAUAAUAGUUAUGAUCCUUCUUCGAGAAGUGGUGGGACGAUGGCAUACGACAUUGUAGGUCCGGAUUACAAAAUUGCCAAAAACAUGGAUCCAUCUUUGAAGAGUGUUGCCAAGAGGAUUAGUAAAGUAGGAAGGUUAUAUGUGCUUUUGAAUGAGUUUAUGGCUCGUUUUGAACAGACGCGGUAUGGUUCUAUAAUCCACCGAUUGUGCUUUGUUGUGAGAAGGUUUUUACAGGAUGAGUACUUGCCAUUCGUAGUAGGGAAGCUUGAGCGUUGGUUUCAAGAGGAUUGCCGGUUUGGCAUCCGGAUAAUGGAGCAGACUUUGAAUGAAGAAAUUGUUUACAGGGCUAGGGUGUUGUAUGAACUGGUUGCCAGUGUGAUCAAGGAGAUGGGAAGGAGAGAUAAAAUAGACCUUGUAGAAGCUGACUUUGAAAACUUCAUGCAAGAUUUAAAGAUGGGCGGUGACGCUGGUGCGUUUAACGAUAUCAGUGCAAAUGGGCUUCUGAUAACCGAUACGAGGGUUUCCCCAGUAGCCAAGGGGGGAAUAGUGUUACAGAUAAUUCUUGAUAAGUUAAAGCAAAACUGGGGGGACCAACUGAACCUACAGUUCUUGCGCCGUGUUUGGAAAGAUAUAUCCGAACCUUACUGUGAAAUGUUAAAUGCUUGGUUAAUCAGAGGGGAAUUAAAAGAUCCGUACAAUGAGUUCCUUAUUAGUGACACUUCCUCAAACGUCAAUGUUACCUUGAACUCAUUGAAUAGUGAACGACUAUGGGAUACACAAUACGUAAUACGCAAGGAUGGACUCACUGAACAAUUUCAUGAUCGCCAAUUACAAUAUAAAGUGCUUAUGACAGGUAAACUAUUGAACUUGUUCAAGCGUAGUUGCGGUUUAGCAACUCUAAAACCCGAGCUUGACCCUCCUCAGAACGAGAUUGCAAAGGAGCUUCCUGAAGGUACCCAAUUGCUUGUAUAUGUUGAUAAAUGGUAUCAACGGGCGAAUCAAAUGUGCUGGGAAUUGCUUCAAGACGGCUACCAGCUUCCGAGAUUUAUGUCCCAGUUGCACCGUCAUUUCAUGCUCUAUAGUUGUGGCGAAUUCAAAAACAAGUUUUUUGUCAAGUCCAUGGUUGAGUUAACUCGUAGUAAAUCGGAAACUAUUCAACUUAAAUUACAAAGAGUGUGGCAACAAUAUCAACGUUACACAUCUUCAGGAAAAGAUGAUCUUGUGUUACAAUUAAUGAACCUUAGAUUGGACAAUAUGAGUUUGGCGGAUGUGAUCACACAAUUUGAAGAAGCCGAGGAUGAGGUACCGAAUAAUCAAAAUGGUCAUACUAACGCACACGACCACGGCGACAGCAAUAGUACUGGAACUGGUGGUGUGAUCGACGGUACUGGUGCAAGUACCCAAGCUGAUGCUAGUAAUAUGACACGCCGCAACAGCGCCGCGCGAAGUAACCGGAACUCCUUGUUAGAGGCGCGCAACUUUAACAGCUUAAAGGACAUGUUGCUGCGAGAACUGGAUCAUGGUUCUGCAUCAGCUGCUACACCAGAUGCCAUGGAUACAACGGAUGUAACCCGCAAAAACAAGCUUCAUAGCAUCCAUUAUCUACAGUUCGAAAUAGUUGUCCCAUUUCCAUUAAAUGCACUCGUCUCUAAACCUUUUGUCGUUGAAUACCAGAUAAUUCAACGGCAUCUAUUAAUUCUUCACUAUUAUAACCGUCUACUAGAAGAUACGUGGUUCGAAACUAAUAAGGUUUGGCCAGCGCGAAUUCGUGUUCCUUCAAUGAAAAACUGUCUAAAGCGUUGUAGAUCUAUCCAUAACAGACUCGCACAACUCGUUAAAGUACUUUCCGAAUAUGCCGCGCACGAUGUCAUCACACCCGAUUGGCGUCAGUUAUCUGACGUUCUCAACGGCCCUUCGGUUUCUUUCUCUCGACUACAGCUCGCAGUACAUGACUACCUUGCAAAUGUCAUGGCCGCAAAUCUCCUAACUGACACCGACCUCCAUCGCCUGCUAAUGCAGAUAUUAGAAAUUGUCCACCGCUACUGUAAGUUCCUCUCUGCUCUUCGCCCAGCCCUCGCCAAUACACCUGCGCUUUCUGCAUCGUCCGCCGCGUACACAGGUACAGACGACGCAUCUCCGGACACACCGGUACCGUACAACCUACUGUCCGACUGGGACCGCUACCUGAAAAAGGUUUCCAACGCUCUUCGAGAUCAUAUUCGAGCGCUCAUCGAAGGAAUUAAACAUCAUAGUCAGAGAGGUCAGACUGCCCCCCGGGUAUUGUUGUUGGUAGAGCGUUUGUCUGCUUUCGUUUAUUGA